CCAAAGAGCAGAUAUGAUCAAAUGAUACGAUAAUUGCUUUGUUUGUAUAGGUCAGUGGUAAGUGUUGAAUCAGAGGAACACAGAGAAAGUUCCGGAACAGUUACAGCCAGUAAAGAGGGAUGAACUGUUGAACUGAGGAGGAGGAGAGGACAAGUGGUCAGGUGGUUUGAGGAGAGGAGGAGGUGGGAGUCUGUUUUUCUUCCGUCGGAUAAAAGAGAGCUACAUUCCAUCUCUGAGUUGUCAGGCUUCAGGACUGCAGAUUGGAGAGACUGCAGAGUGGAGAUUGGACAGAGUGGAAGUUACUCUGUGCUAUGGGAUUACAGGAGAUUUAAUGGAGAAAUCACAGCAUCAGAUGAGCCCUGUGGAGAUCUGAAAACACAUAGCAGCCCCAGCCUGAGCCCCACCAUGGACAACGAGAUCACCGCCAAGGAGAGAGGAGCACUGGAGGAGUACAGUGAAAAGGAGACAGUGGACAGAUAUCAGGAGGACGAGGAGGAGGAGGAGAACAGCAGGAGGGGGCAGCUGGAGCCUCUGUCUGAGGAGCAGGAGGUGGAGGAGUUGAGGAGUCAGGUGCUGCAGCUCCUCCUGGAGUUAGAAGGGGCCCGGGAGAUAUCCAACAAACACCAGGAGGCUUUCCACGAGCUGCAGGGUCUAUUGGAGGAUGAGCGUUUGGCCAGCGCUCAUCAGGCCGAAGCGUUCGCACGACAGGUCCACAACCUGCAAGCCAAGCUGCGUUCGGUACAGGAGGAGAUUGACUCUCUGGAGGAGGAGAAGGAGAGCGAGCUGACUGAGGCCCACGAGGAGCUACGCCUGGCCCAGGAGGAGGUGCUGCUGCUGCAGCAGACGGCGGAGGAGGCUGCGGCUGAGAGGGAGAACGACAUCGCCUCCCUACAGGAGGAGCUUUGUCGCCACCAGGCCGAGCUGGGGAGGCUCAACGAGGAGGCGCAGGAGUACGAGCUGGAAAUCACCACGCUCCGUGCCGAGAUCAGCAUGAAGAGUCAGAGGAGAGAGGAGGAGAGGAGAGGAGGGGAUAUAGGAACACUGAAGCAGGAGUGUGUCACGUUGAGGGAGGAGUGUGAGACAUUGAAGAAUGACAACAGACGUAUGACUGAGAGACUACAGCUGCUGCAGCUACAGAGGACAGGUUCCAACAGCCACCUGUCCCUGAAUGAGGAUGGGGAGGACGCUGGGAUCGGAGUGGGCACAGAGAUGGGAGGCAUGGCUGAGAGCUACAUGACCAUGGCAGAGUGCCAGUCAACGGGCACAGGCACCAACUGCCGCCUGGUGGACGCGUCCAUUCAGAAGAACAUCUCAUUCGACGGGAAGCCCAUGACCCCAACCGGCUGGAAUGGAGGAUUCGGGGAGAUCGUCUCACUGAGGGACCAGCUGAAACAAGCUGAGGAGAAGGCCUCACUGGUACAGAGACAGUGUGACAGUUUGAAGACCGAGCUGAGGGAUCUACAGGUGCUGUAUGACUGCAGCCAGAGGGAGAGGGCGGGGCUGGAGGAGGAGCUACUGCGCUGCAAGGCGGAGUUGGAGAGGCUGGCUGGAGGGGGGCAGAGCUACAUCCAUUCGUCUGAGUCUCCUGUUCUCUCCAUCCCCUUCAUAGGAAUGAUUGUAAUAUUGGGAGUGGUUUGGUGCUGGUUGUCCGAGCUGGCGUCACAGAAAGCAAGGGGUGUGAUAUAGAAUGGAACCCUAUUCUGACUGUCACCGCAGUAACAGCUGUGCUUCUGAUCAUGGCUAGCUUGUUGAGAGCCCCAGCCCGAUGUUGAGCAGAUCAGUAACAAGUUAUAACGACAAAGACGGUGAUGUCAGCUUAUAGACAACUACCCUCUGUCCCACCCUCCUAUCACAUCAAUCUGGGACCAACGACAGAUCAGACACCAUUCCUCUAAUUCACAGCUAGGAAGAGGAUAUUUAGAUGGCAACUGUUCAGAAAACAGGAGCAUCUUGAAAGGAAAAGUUCAGAAAACGGAAGAUAGAGUGCUCAUCGUUCUGAUGGAAAAGAUGGUCUCCUUUUCUCUCCUGUUCUGGGGGACACAGGUCAAGACUCAAUAGAGUGUCUUUAUGAAGCUGUGAAGAGUGUGGAUACUUACUUUUAAUUGGAGAGUACCUUUCCCCCUAAAUCUACUCCUGUGGCAUCCUGUUUCCGUCUCUCUGCCUGUCUCUCAGGUCUUGGCUGUGGGACUGGAUUGGUCCUGUGUUUAAAUGUCUUAUUCUAUUCUUAUACAACUCUCACCUUGUAUUUUACUAAAUGUAUUUAUUAAUAUGUUAAUAUGAAUGUUGAGUUCUCUAUUGAUUGGGCAUCUUUUAACAAGAGCCACCUCUGCAUCUUGCACAUUUGCUGAAUUAAAACUCUUAAAUCCACAUGAUGUUGUAAUUAAGUCCUAAUACAAUCUUUCUUAAAAUAUAAUUAUAUCUACACGUGUAAUUAUUUAUUUAAAGGAAUAUGUCAAAUACAUGAAAUAAUUGCAUGUCUGUGCCAGUGUCUUGUGAAUAGCUUACACCAUGGGGAUUUUUCUCAAUUCAAAUUAAAUUAGUAAUGAAGACCUAGUAUAGAGAUCUAGUUUAGAGUGACAGAUGCUUUCCCCCUAAAUGUUUAAAGGCAAUAAUUAAUUUAUAACGCAUACACUCUAAAAUAUCUUCUCAUCAAUUUACAUUUACUUAAAACUACAUUGAUCAUUCCAGUUGUCCUAUCUAGAGUAAAUAUAUUAUUAGUGAGGAUGUUCAAUCUGGGCUUUCAAGUUGUGUAAAUGCCUAUUGGUGUCCUCAUGAAAGGGGGAAGAGUAUGUGAGAUAUGUACGUUCCAGCAGCUCUCCUAAUGCACCUGUCAAUCCUAGCCCGGUGUUUCAAGUCUAUGUUUAACCACGACCUCACCCACAUAGGAGUGUCCUAGCUAUUUUUGUCCACAGUCACUUCUUUUAUUUACUGAACUUAACUUAGUGCACCGUUAGACAGACCUUGGUUCAAAUACUAUUCUGAAAUAGUUUUAAAUACGUUAUCUGUGCAUGGUUGAGCUUGCUGAUUUAAUGGACCAAAAUAACAGUCCCCGAACUGCAAACCCCACCCACCUGGCACUCCAGGUAGGCUAGAGAAAACACUCAAAGCAUUUGAAAGAGUUUGACAUAGUAUUUUAACCCAGGUGUGCUGUCGGUAGAGCAUGCAUGGCUUCUGACUGCGCUGUCACACUGUGACUGUAUAAUUAGCCACUAAAUAUGUUAAGCACAGUUAGCACGCACCGCCUGUUUUUUUUUCUUCCACAUCACAGAUUACACGAGUCAGCUCACAUGCCAAGCACGGCCACACAUAGAGAGUGUCUCUGAUAUGCCUUUUUAUCAGGGCAGCAGGUAGCCUAGUGGUUAAGGGUGUUGGGCCAGUAACUGAAUGGUUGCUGUUUCGAAUCCCCAAGCCAA